UUCACAAAUUUCAUACUAAAAUUAUCAGCUCCUCUGUUUGUUCACUUUCAUUUCAAUCAACCCUCUUCGAAAUUUGAGUUUUUUUUUUUCAUGGGGUCCUUUAAUUUUGCAGUAUGCAUGAUCUUGAUGAUGUUGGUUAUGGUGGGGGCUAUUCCUUUUGAACCCAAGAUUGGUAGAAGGAUAGGUAGGGCCCACCGGUUGUGGGACCCUUUAAUACGAUCUCCGGUAGAUCGUGAUGAUGAUGAGGUGGAAGAGGAUGGUGGCGUGCGGUGGGCGGUUCUCGUUGCUGGUUCGAAUGGAUAUGGAAAUUAUCGGCAUCAGGCAGAUGUAUGUCAUGCUUACCAAAUCUUGAAAAGAGGGGGGUUGAAAGACGAGAACAUAAUAGUAUUCAUGUAUGAUGACAUUGCCAAGAGUGAGUUGAAUCCAAGACCUGGAGUCAUUAUCAAUCAUCCGAAUGGUAGUGAUGUCUAUGCCAGUGUGCCUAAGGACUACACUGGCGAGCACGUCACUGCAGUGAAUUUGUAUGCCGUGCUUCUGGGUGAUAAGAGUGCGGUGAAAGGUGGAAGUGGAAAGGUUGUAGAUAGUAAACCGAACGACAGAAUAUUUUUAUAUUACUCUGAUCAUGGUGGUCCAGGGGUGCUCGGGAUGCCGAAUAUGCCUUUCCUUUAUGCCAAAGAUUUUAUCGAGGUCUUGAAAAAGAAACAUGCAUCUGGGACCUACAAAGAGAUGGUCCUCUACAUCGAAGCUUGUGAGAGCGGUAGUGUCUUUGAGGGGUUAAUGCCUGAAAACUUGAACAUUUAUGUGACAACAGCAUCAAACGCGGAAGAAAGUAGUUGGGGUACGUAUUGCCCAGGAAUGGAUCCUCCACCUCCAUCAGAAUAUAUCACAUGUUUGGGGGACUUAUAUAGUGUUGCAUGGAUGGAGGAUAGUGAGUCUCAUAACCUGAAGAAGGAAACAAUAAAGCAGCAGUACGAGAAGGUGAGGGAAAGAACUUCCAACUUCAGCAACUAUAAUGCUGGAUCUCAUGUUAUGGAAUAUGGAAGCAAAGAAAUUAAGCCAGAGAGAGUUUAUUUGUACCAAGGAUUUGAUCCUGCCACUGUGAAUCUUCCUGAAAACAAGAUUGAUUUUGCACGCUUAGAAGUGGUCAACCAGAGGGAUGCUGAUCUUCUCUUCCUAUGGGAAAGAUAUAAGAAGCUAGAAGACAAUUCAUUCGAGAAGGCCAAGCUUCGAAAAGAGAUUACCGAGAUGAUGCUGCAUAGGCAACAUCUUGAUGGGAGCAUAGAAGCAAUCGGAGUGUUUCUUUUCGGACCAACAAAGGGCUCUUCUGUUCUCAACUCUGUCCGGGAGCCUGGUCUACCUCUUGUCGAUGAUUGGGAAUGCCUAAAAUCAACGGUUCGUCUUUUCGAGGCACAUUGUGGUUCAUUGACACAAUAUGGCAUGAAACACAUGAGAUCAUUUGCGAACAUUUGUAACAAUGGUGUCUCAAUAAAUGCUAUGGAGGAAGCUUUUAUGGCUGCUUGCAAUGGGCAUAGGAUAGAGGAGUAUAGCGCUGUGAAUCGGGGCUUUAGUGCUUGAUGGCUCGGGUUGUCUUCUGUUUUUGUUUUAGCAUACUACUGAACAAGAGUUGCUUAGCUACAGUAUCAGUAAGAAAUAUGCUUGUAUGAUAAUAUUAGAAGGUUCAAUGCAUACUUUUAGUCCCUAUAGUCUCUUCCUUUAAGAGUUUUAAAUGUGCCUCAACUCUUGUAAGUACGAUAGUCUUUGAUGCCAGCUAGUCAUAUAAUAAUGUUCUGAUCGUGUAUGUUGAAUUGUC